AUGGCCCGGUACGAACAAGUGGACGUGCGCGGCUACGGCGAAUUCCGCAAGGCUGUGGAAGAAAGGAAGGGAAAGGACAUUUUUGCUUACUUCUGUGGCGACAAAGAUGAGCAGGGCAAGAGCUGGUGUCCAGACUGUGACCGAGCUGAGCCAAUUUUAAAAGGGGCAAUGGGCGUCCUCCCCCAGGGCUCGGUCUUCAUCUACUGUCAAGUCGGUGAAAGGAACUAUUGGAAGGACCCGAGCAACGAGUUCAGGACCACCCUGAAGCUGACCGGCGUGCCCACCCUGCUGCGAUGGGGCACCCCUCAAAAGCUGGUGGAGGAGGAAUGCUUCAAAGAGGACCUGCUGAGGAUGAUGUUCACGGAAGACUGAGAGACGCACGACGUCAGCCGCUUCUUCCUUCCGUCCGCCCAAUCAACGAAUCCGAGCGCUUCUUUUUAGACAUCGUCUGUUGGGUUUUUUUUUUUUUUUUUUUUGGGUCAAUCAACUCACGCGUGACGCGUCGUCUCCUCCGAAUGAAAAACAAGACUUCAGUGGACAUCAAUAUGGAUUUGCCCACUGGAAAGUCAUUUGAAAAAUAAUAUAUCACGUAAAGGUGAGGUACACUAGCAUUAUACUUUCACAUAAUUUUCCCUGACAUUUGAAUGUGAUGAAAUACUAACAUAAAAAUACAAAAAAAACGCCGUCGACUCGAGAAUAAACAAAUUAGCGAAACUAUGUAUUCAUUCAUGUUCAAUAAAUUUGUCAGAAUUACACAAAUUGUGUUGAAAUCACGGAAAAAGUCAAUAAUGUGCAAUACAUUUGUCAUUAUUUAUGAACAUAACGAUAAAUGACGGUGGAAAGAGCCCUUUGUGAUUUUUCUCUUUCUUUUUUGCAUG